AACGGUGAAGGAAAUGAAGACAAUCCUUUAAAACUAGACAAGUAUCCGACCGAGAAGUCAGUCUUCAUGAGUGAGAAGAACAAGCGUAAUGCUGAGAGAUUGGUCAUUGAUGAUGAUAUCGAGCAUUUCAGUUUACUGAAGGGACUUCCUAAUAAUCGUGGCAAAAGGACUGUGGAUCAAGCAAAGGGCACCCGCCGAAACAAACCAUUAAUUAUUGAAUUAUUUGCACAAUUAGAGAUGACUAGGUAUGCGAAAAAUGGAUCUGACCUGGUAAAGUGUGUUAACACUCUUGAAGACACACUGAAAAAAACUAUUAAUGCCCAAGAAGAACAUAUCAAGUAUUUAGAAGUUUCACUGAAGGGUCAGCAAGAAAGGUGUGUGGAGUUGAAUGAGAAAUGGUACAAAGCGGAAAAUCUAUGCAAAGAGGUCAUGACGGAGCUUGAGCAUAAAAAAGAAGAAAUACUGCACUAUCAGCGUGAAAUCGAAGCGUUCGACGGAAAAUAUGCUCAGCUGCUACAAAUUAACGAAAAGAACCAGCACAUUAUUAAUCAUUACAGAUGUACAUAUGAUUACAGUGUUGAAUCCGACACUGAAAUUGUGUCGUUAUACCAGCAGAAGCAAACACUAGAGCAACAGCUCCGCGAAGUGCAUAAUAGUAUUAACGUUUACAAUAAUGCAUAUCAGAAUGAAAAAGCAGAACGCAAACAGUCGGAGGACCAUUUUCAUCGUGAAUUUCAACAAAUGCAACAAAAAUGUAAAGAUGCAGAAGCUAGAGCAGCUGAAUUGCAGAGAAAGAAUAAUCUGUUAAAGGAUGAAGUCACCCGUUCUUGA